AUGAGACGAUGCAGUCCGACAAAUAAUUAUGAAGAUCGAAGUGAUCUAGUUGUAAAAUUAUUCGACAAUACGAUCUAUACACUACAAAUUCAGCUGUAUUGUGUAAAAUCAUGGGAAGAUGAAAGUUCAGAUAGACAAGAUUUAUCUUUGGUUAAAACAAAUUGCAACGUGGCUCACUAUGUUAAUGUAUGGAUUGAUCUGAACAAUGACGGUAUAUUCGAUGAUAAUAAAGAACGACUUCUUCAUGACGAUCAUUCCAAUGGUGACUAUGUCAAGCGUGACUAUACUUUGAGAAUUGCCAUACCUAAGAUUGAUGGUAAAAAUAAUGUUGGAGAACUUCAUAGAAUACGUGUCAUUUUGACAAGAGACGAAAACAAUUGUAAACCUUGCUAUAACGUUGGCUACGGUGAAGCACGAGACUACACAGUACACAUUUUACAGAAACCUUACUAUUAA